GUUCUUCACUUUACUCUAAACCCAUUCACAAUUUCACAAAACACAAAACAGAAAUAACAGUGUCGCUGUCAACGGCGGAGAACCACCGCCGGAAAGUUCUCCGACGGUAGUUCCGAUUUGGUGCUUCCGACUUGGUCGAUUUCAUGAACUGAUUAUUUUGAUUUGGUGAAGUGGAGUUGAUCGAGAUUGAAGUGAAAUUGUUGAAAUCAAAGAGAUAUGUCUUUUCAGAACAAAGGCUUCUGGAUGCCCCGGGAUGCCGGCUGCAUAGCUGAAGAAAGUGGUGGAUAUGAAAAUUCUUCAAGAGUCGAACCAAAGAGAAGUCACCAGUGGCUUACAGAUACAGGUGAACCAGAAAUAUUUAGCAACAAGAAACAAGCCAUUGAAGCUAGUAGUAGUGACAUGCCGGUUUCAACAACCAAUGUUUCUCACUGGGACACUAGUUCAGGAUUUCACUCGGUGACAGGCCAAUUUUCUGACCGUCUCUUUGGAUCUGAUCUUAUACGAUCAGUCAAUUCAGUUGAUAACAAUAUGUCAUCAACUGGAAGUGGAAAUCUGAACAUUGGAGGAAGACAGAGUUUCGGUAAUCAGUAUGGUAAUGAUCCAUCUGUCAGACUGUCGGUAUCACCCACCAUGUUAGGCCCUUCACCAUGUCUAAAUUUUGGUGGUAUUAGGAAAGUUAAAGUUAAUCAAGUCAGGGAUUCUGACCAUGGCAUGCCAGCUGACAAUAAUACGUUUUCGAUAGAUUCUGAUUACGAUAAGAAUGAUGGGAAUAUUACAUCGGGUCCAUCUUAUAGCAACGGAAGCGACAAUACCGACAACACCGUUGUUAUAGGGAUAAGCAAGCCCGGUGACAAUCUCCUCUCAAUGGGUCACAUCUUCAAUAAAGGGGAUGGGAAUUUUAUGUUGAUGGGUAACAAUUAUGGAAAGGGAGAUGAAAAUAUUUUAUCAACGGGUCGGCCCGUUGAAAGAGGCGACGGAAAUUUCAUAACAAUGAAUCAGUCAUUUGGGAAGGAAGAUGGAAAUUUGAUCUCUCUGGGCACCUCAUAUUCCAAGGAGCAUGAGAGCUUUCCAUCAAUGGUUCUAACCUCUGGUAACUCGGGAGAAAAUUUCACAACUGUUGCUCCUUCCUAUGACAACGGCGCCAAUCAUUUAUCAUCAAUAGGUCCGGCAUAUGUUAAUGUGGAUUCAAACGUUGCUUCGACUAGUCCAUCAUUUGACAGCAACAACCCUAGCUUUUUACCUGCAAGUCAAAACCUCGGUAACACCAGUACUGCAUCUUUUGGAGGUUUUCAUGCUGGCCCUGAGCUGAACCCCUCUGGCGGAGUCUUCAGUGGAUUUGAUCCUUUGAUGGGCAACCAAAACUCGGCUCAAGGUGCAGAUAUCCAGAGGGGUCAGAUUGAAUCAAACCCUGAUCCACUUGUAAAUAACACUUCAAAAUCUAAAAAUAAUACCAUUGUUAAGAUCAAAGAACCAAAGACGGCCAAGAAGGCUUCUAACAACUUCCCUUCAAAUGUCAAAAGUUUGCUGUCAACUGGUAUCUUUGACGGCAUUUCGGUGAAAUAUUGUACAUGGUCAAGGGAGAGAAAUCUUCAAGGAAUCAUAAAAGGAACGGGGUACAUGUGUUCAUGUGACGACUGUAAGGGGCAAAAGGCUCUUAAUGCUUAUGAGUUCGAGCGUCAUGCUGGAGCCAAGUCAAAACACCCUAACAAUCACAUAUUCUUUGAGAAUGGAAAAUCCAUCUAUGCUGUUGUUCAAGAGCUGAAAAACACUCCUCAAGAGAUGCUUUUUGACGCUAUUCAAACCGUGACAGGUUCCACCAUCAACCAAAAGAACUUUCGCUUUUGGAAAGCGUCAUACCAAGCUGCUACCCGUGAGCUUCAGCGCAUCUAUGGAAGGGAUGACGCGGUCAUACCAUCGUAAGUUUGGAAGAGUGGUAGAUAUGCAACUUCAUAUGAAUGGCAGCUUAAAAGUUGAGUGAAUAAUUGGAAAUUUUUAGUUGGUUUUUCUUGUAAGAACUUAUAUUAUAUUUAUAGAAAUAAAGAUGUAUAUUUGGUUGUC